UGCCCAACAGUCAGCCGAUCGCGUGGUGUCUGAUCGAUUCCGAGAGCAGUUCUGCCAGGGAAGAUGCUGGAGCAUCACCCAUCCGGACGAGGUUGUGAUGUGAGAUGAGAGGGGGAGAAUGGCCAGCGGACGAUCGAGAAAGCAGUCGAUGAGAAGGGCAUGACACGCCUUUGUGUUGUACGAGAGAAGAACCUCAUCAUCCUGCUGGCCAUGUCGCUGGUACUUCCGAUCCCACCUCUUUCCAGCGCAUCUAUGAGGUACCGUAUACUUUCCCACCGCUUCCGCCUGGCGGUGCCCGAUCCUUGGGGCAGCAGCCGAGGUCCAGGCCAAGCAAGUAUGGUAAGCUUACCCCGUGCGGAGGAAGAACAUCGUCUCCGGCGAUAAGCCCGUCCAUCUUCAACCAACGCUCCGGUUCCUCUACCCUUCCCUGCCCCAGGAAGCCAGUGCUCGUCAUUUGAACGAUUCAGUGAGCACCAUGGCAGAUUCGGACCCCAAAAAGCCCGCCAUCCCCGAGUGGCAGAGAAAGGCCGGGGAAUCCGCCUCCACGCAAUCUCCAUCUGCGACGACUAAUGAGGCAUCCCAGGAGCAGUCUGAAGCCAGUCCUCGCACAGAGCUGCUCAAACAAGCGUCGAAGUUCCUGGAGGAUGAGUCCAUUCGUGAUGCGCCCACAGAUCGCAAGGUGUCUUUCCUCGAAUCGAAGGGACUUCGACAGGACGAGAUAGAUAGACUCUUGGGGCUCUCGCGCAACCCGGAGGCCAGCAGCAACGAGUCCUCGAGCUCCGAUGCAUCUUUAUCAGAAGCGAAAUCCGGGGCAUCUACAGAUUCUACAUCCUCUCAGCCAGCUAGUCAAAAGCCGUCAGAAACUGGAACUUCUCAGAGCUCUUCCACGAAAGCCACUUCCGCCACAUCCUCCCGCGAUGUCCCUCCCAUCAUCACAUACCCAGAAUUCCUGGUAGAAGCCGCAAAGCCACCGCCACUGUUCACCUUCCGCAGUAUCCUCUAUACCCUCUAUGGUGCUGUAGGCCUGGGUGCCAGCAUCUACGGUGCCAGCGAAUAUCUUGUCAAGCCGAUGUUGCAAGAUCUCAACGAGGCCCGACACGAUCUCGCGCAGACAACCCAGCGCAAUCUGCGCAACUUGAAUGAGAAACUGGAACAGAACGUUUCCACGAUACCGCCCUAUCCGUCGCGCGCCGCUGCUGCGGUGGCAGCUAAAAACGGUGACGACGCAUCGGAUACUGACUCCAUUAUCUCUGACCCGACGGAAUUGUUCCAUCGUGACGUUGCAACUCAGACGACCCCAGAUCUAUCACGGACAGAGAGCAGCCAGGCUUCCUCGAGCGACUCAGAUGAGGCAAGCUCGGCUCCAGAUCCGGUCAAGUCAGUGACCGGCCACGUCGGACGCCUUCAGACCAUCCGCUCUCACAUGCAGGAAUUCUUGGACGGUGAAAACCGAACCCGUCCUCCAGAGGAUCUUGUCCGUGACCGCCUGUCCGAGCUGCAAAGCUAUCUCGACGCUCUGACAUACAGCGGGCCCGGCUAUCUCAACAGCAACGCCUACGGCGUAUACGCCGCGGGCAGCCCAGACAACAGUUCCACUCCAGGGGUCGCGACAGGCAUGCGCAAGAGCGAAGAAGACGCCAUAUCAGAAAUCAAAUCUGAGAUCCGGGGUGUCAAGGGCGCUCUGCUGAGCGCGAGGAACUUCCCCUCCGGCCGUGGAGGACGCAUCGUAGCAGGUGUAGCGAGGUGAAAAGCACGAUCAUGAAGAGCCAGUACGAGCAAGUACACAUACCCAUUUCAUCUUCCCUUUCUCACUCGAUGCUUCGUUCGAAAUCGAACAUGUCCAUUUACGACGUGCUUACGCACUACUGUACUUUAUACCUAUACCUUGACACAGCGAAAUGACACAGCCCGCAGAUGCAAAUGCAAUCUCUUUCCAAAUCCCUCACCAUUAGAAAAACCUGAGUAGAUUAACAAACAAAAAAAAGUAAACCACAAGAACCCGCACAGUAACUACCGACCUACCAAAUUAAUUAAAUUACAUUAAAUCUAAAUAAGACCACAAGCAACACUCUCAACCCCCCGCUGACUCCCUUCCUCAGCCCCUACAGGACAAUAUAUAUUGUUAACACACAAAGUUCCGUACGUCCAGAUAAUCUGUCAAUCAUCCAUUUGCAGCAUUGUUCUCUGAUAUCAUAAAUAUACAAUAGAACCUAUCACUAGAUCACUAGAUUCUGUGUAU